AAUGGCUAUUAUUGUUAUUGAUUAGUGUAGUCAAUGGGGACGUAUAAUGAUGGUUGUUUCUGCAUUAUCAACAUAAAUAAGUAAUAAGCAGCAGCGACAAUAUUAACGAGCUUUUAAGUCAUGGUUUCUGGUGAUUUGAAUUAAAGUUAAAGGUGUCAGCUGUGGAGGUUACGGAAGGUCAAGUUUUUGAUUGAUUGGAGUUUCUGUUACCCCUACUGCACUGCAUGUUUGUUGGCUUUUAAUUCAGAUUUUUCUCUUGGGGGGCUUCCAUCACUGAAUGGAAUUGGAUCUUUCAUCUCAGAUCAACUCAUUGUUCCUCGGUCCUGAUUGCUUUGAGUGGUUUUCUCAUUCCAUGUGGGAAGCUUUUGAUUUUUCAUGCUCCAAUCUUUCAGUUCUUGUUGAUGAGUUUGAGUAAAUCUAGUCCCUGCGAACUCUCUCGUUAGUCUGAGAAGCUUGUUUUUGGGACCACCCUUUUGGCUUUGAGACUUGUUCUCAGUUGUGAAUAAAGUGUGAUUUGGUAACUUGAAGGUGUUUGAAGUUUUUUUAAUUUUUCUUUUGUGAAGAAGGGUCGUGAUAUGAUGAAUGAAGAUAGCAGCAAUUCUUGGUUAAGGAGGACCAAAUUCUCCCACACAGUUUGUCACCGGUUGGAUUAUUCCAGUUCCAGUUUAGGGUCUUUCAGCAUUCAGCCAAGGACACAGCACAGUUCGAGUCUGAAAUCAAGGCCAGAUGUAACUUUUGUUUCCGAAACCUCCUCGCAGGUUCGGAAAAAGCCCAUAAUGAGCAAGCAGAGAUCUUUGUCCCCUUUGCCUGAAACCUCUCUGUCUGAAACCUUCAAGGAAGCUAGAUAUGAGCGGAAGAGGUUCUCCACACCUGGUCCAAGGAGGAAAGAGCAUGAUAAGAAAAUCAUGGGGAAGUUACUGAACAAGGAUUCUCGUGUGUCCAGUUCUAAAUCUCCUUACAGCAGCCCAAUGACUAAAUCCCCUUACAACAGUCCAAUGACCAAAUCCCCUUACAGCAGUCCAAUUAGACACCUUGCUUCAAUCAAAUUAAGCGACAAGUCAAAGCAGCGCAAGGAUUCAGGAUGGACGAAGUAUUUUGACCAUGGAGGAGGAAAGGUAACUGCUGUGGAAACAGCUGAGGAAUGGAAUGUUGAUCUCUCUAUGCUCUUUGUUGGUGUUAGGUUUGCUCAUGGGGCUCACAGCAGGCUUUACCAUGGCAUGUAUAAAGAUGAAGCUGUGGCUGUAAAAAUUAUCAGGGUACCAGAUGAUGACGAAAAUGGAAUGUUAGCUGAUCGAUUAGAGAAACAAUUCAUUAGAGAAGUAACACUUUUAUCUCGUCUCCACCAUCGAAAUGUUAUCAAGUUCGUAGCAGCAUGCAGAAAGCCACCUGUCUACUGCGUUAUCACAGAAUAUCUAUCAGAAGGAUCCUUGAGGUCAUAUUUGCAUAAGUUGGAGACAAAAACUAUUCCUCUAGAGAAGCUAAUUACUUUUGCUCUGGAUAUUGCUCGUGGGAUGGAAUAUAUACACUCUCAAGGUGUCAUUCACCGAGAUCUUAAACCAGAGAAUGUCCUUAUUAAUGAAGACUUUCACCUCAAAAUUGCUGAUUUUGGCAUUGCUUGUGAGGAAGCUUACUGUGACUUAUUUGCUGAUGACCCUGGUACCUACCGCUGGAUGGCACCUGAGAUGAUCAAACGAAAAUCCUAUGGGAGAAAGGUUGAUGUAUAUAGUUUCGGGCUUAUCUUAUGGGAGAUGGUUACUGGAACUAUACCAUAUGAGGAUAUGACUCCCAUCCAGGCUGCUUUUGCAGUUGUAAAUAAGAAUUCAAGGCCAGUUAUUCCUUCAGACUGUCCAGCUGCAAUGCGAGCUUUAAUCGAGCAAUGUUGGUCUUUGAAUCCGGACAAGAGGCCUGAGUUCUGGCAGGUUGUUAAGGUAUUAGAACAAUUUGAAUCUUCGCUUGCCCGUGAUGGAACCCUGACUCUGGUGCAAAACCCUUGUUGCCAAGAUCAUAAGAAAGGGCUUCUCCAUUGGAUUCAAAAGCUUGGUCCUGUGCAUCAACACAAUGGUCCUGUGCCUAAACCCAAAUUUACCUGAGUCUUCAAGUGGGCUUGCUUUUUGUAGUAUACCAGGUUCAUUGUAAUUAAUAUUGAAUGGUUUGCUAUACCCAAAAGAAAAACCAAAGGUUUGUUUUUGAGGUUCUCUAGCUGUAGUCCUCCUUAUGCUGUUCAUGUGAGAGUAAAUUGAUUUGUAGGCCUGUACAUUAAAGUGGAGACAUCUACUAUUUUUAUUGUUGUGUAUACCACCAAUUACAAUGAUGUAAUUGCUCUAGGUUAAAAGUUUUCUUUUUUGGGGAGUGGGGGCACAAUUUCUUCUGUUUUUUUUAUAGAAGGUACUUGUAUUUUAGUUUCUGUAAUGGGAAAGGUUUAAUUCUACAUUUGUAUGUGUCAUUUUCUUAGCUAAUGCAAUGAACCUUGCACACUCAA